AUGUCGGAUACCAAAACCGGAGAUGUGGGAUGGAACGUGUCUUGCCUGAACGAUUCCAGUUACAACGAGUCCGAAUUGACGUGGUUUAACCAUUCAGGCUAUUUUAAUUACACGUAUGAUGGUUUCAGCAUGCUGUAUCCGUAUGAAGUAGCAUUGUGCUCUGUUGGGAUUGUAUUUAAUGUGGUUUCUCUGCUGGCAUUGUUACAUGUCAAAAAACCAACGCGCCGCUCUCCCUUCCAUCUGGCUUUAAGGUUCUUGGCUUGCACAGAUCUUUUGUUUUCUUCAGCAGACUUCAUCUACGCUAUGAGCAUGCUGCUGUAUACAAACACCUCUGAGGCUUUCUCGGCUGAGAGUCUUGGCUGCUGGGACGAAAUAUUGAACGAUUUCGCCAGAUUAUGCAUGGUACCGCCACUUGUAGCAACUACGGGUAUCGUUAUUGUCCAAGCAGUUUCCAUUUUAUGCCCACUUCGGUUUUCUGCCAUCGUAAACAAACGAAGAGUUUUACUCAGCCUUGGCAUACCGUUCAGUCUGACCAUUUGCAUACACUUGUCUCUUCAUAUCGGGCAUCUCAAUGGACGUCAAUAUGGCGAGGACUGCUGGCAGCACUUUUAUGGUGAAUAUCUCUCGAGCUCAACUUGGUACCUGGGGUUAGUGUGCACUGCCCUUGAACUGUUCAAUUGCGCACUUUACACCUUCCUUUGGUGGCAGAUUAAGGCAGUUUUGAAAAAAGACAUGCCUUCCCAACACGCUCAAGGAAUACGUAAAGAUAUAAAACUGCACGUUACCAUCGGACUUCUCCUUGUCACCAUCAUACUGUUUUGGACGCCUGCCGUGGUGAUGCUGUUCCUGAUGCUUUCAAUCAAGAAUGAUUGGACCUUUGACCCUUACGGACGUUUCCUUGCCCAGAAAAUUGCGGGUCUGUUUGCGCUUCUGAACCCGAUAAUAGACCCCAUUGUGUAUGGCGUCAGACUACCGGAAGUGAAGGACGGAUACCGAAGAAUGUGGACCAAACUCUCAUCCUGCUGGCGUAAAAAAAGGGAAAUUAGUAAGAGUGGAACAAUUUCUGAUAAUGUCCAUGGAAAGAGCUUUCGCUCUAGAGUAGACCCAUAG